UGGAGAAGCUGGAAGAGAUGAGCUGCCUUUCGGGCCAAGACCACACGGGAAGGGAAUACUCGGCCCAGGGAGAAGAGCUCCUUCCAGACAGAGGCUCGGCGCUGCAUUCCGCAGGGUGGACUUCUCAGCAGGGUCACUCCCUCCAUGCCAUGAGUCUGCGGCGUGUCGGGUUGAUUCGCUGCCCAAGACACGAGGCUACCUUGGAAAGAGCCCCCGGGCAACACCUGAGUUUGGACUGCAGCUCCUUUGCCAGUUCGAGGGCUGGUGCUCCAAAUGAGUCUCUGAUGAGUGAUAUAUCCAGCUGUUCCGCAUCUCCACGGAUGCCCUGCCAGGGCGUUACCAAAACUGGGCAGCCGUGCAGGAAAAAGGCAGCCCUUGGCCACGUUUUCUGUCGGGUCCACACCUCCGCCCAAGCGUCCUACACUUCUUGAAGAUUUUAAAGACUUUACUUUCUGCCUUCCUGACAGAAAGGGUUUCAAAGGUCUCAUGGUAAAGGUGUGCUCAAGGCCGGGCUGCCGUUCCUCUUUUAAGGCCCGGUUUUACGUCACGUGCUUCUGAUCAAAGAAUUGACAACUCCAAAGGAGGACAUCUCGAAAGGGACGGUGUAUAAACUCUGAUUCCUCUGGGCUUGGAUACAAUUUUAAAAAGGGUUGUGGAUGAAGAUUGCUGGAGCUACUUUGCUUUUUCCUCCUGUGUGGAGUUUUCCAUUUGCAGCGGUUUCUUGGAUCUGGGACUUAAAUUUCCCUGUAACAAACCAAGACUGAUUGACUUUCUUUCUCCCUUGGAUGUUUUGUUCCCAGGGGUCAGGGUUGGCACUUAUCCACCACCCAGGAAAGCACGCACCAUUUUGCGAACAGGUUUUACACUGACUUAUCUUUUAAAACGUGGAACAUGCCGAGGGCACAUUUGAUUAAUAAACAUUUGUUAUG